CACACACACACACACACACGCACACACACACACAGCGGCGCGCGAUCACGUUCACGCUUCCCUCCCCCACCCCGGCGCGUCGCUGGCCACCGGCUGUAGGACAACGAACCCACGAGACGGAAACUCAUGAAUUGGUUACCUAAGUCAAAUGCAGCCAAGGUGAUGGAGCAGCUAUUCCAGAAUGCCCCUUCUGCUAAAAAUUAAAUAAAAUAAUUCCAUUGCACCUCAUAGAACAAACAGGGGGUGGAAAAUUACUGCUUUUGCAAAAGCAAACUACAAAAUUACUAUACUUACAAAACUUUUCUGGAAAAACAUUUCAUGUUACUAAGUUACUGAAGGAAUAACCUUUUUUUUGACCUGUUGCAACUGUGUGAAGCGAAUAAUCGCCAUAUUAAAAGAGGACUUAUAUAUGUUAGAUGAUUUUAUUUUUCUAGCAAAUUGUUAUUUCAUAGAAAUCAUGAUAUAAACAUUAGAGAGAAAAAACCCAAUAACUGAAGUCAGUAUAUGUCAAGAUGACCUCUGAAGAAAUGGUAGCUGCUGUUCUUGUUCCUGUGACACAGAAGAAAGUGAUAGCUGCUCACUCGGCCACAGAUGAAGGUAGUGAACAUGCCUCUGACAUCAGUGUUAUAAAAAGACAUACUAAUAAAGUAAACAAAGAAAUCCCUCAUACUCUCUCAUGCUUAAACAGAUUUAGAGAAGAACAUACUGAAAGUUCUUUGCCCAAGAUUUUCUCACUAUCAGGUAAAGAAGCAACGAGUGAUAACAAUACCCAUGAAAACUUUGGGGAGCGAAGUGUGCCAGAUUCCAUGGAAUAUAUUAACAUUAACUGUAACAAUGUGCCUAAUAACUGUCAGAGUUCACAUAGCCAGUUCUAUAAAUCAUGUGACUCUAUAUCAGAAGAAAACCUGUGUUUGGAUACUGGAAUUUCAUCUUCACUGGAAAGAAACAUAUUUUCUGGAAUUAAACUGGAAGUAGAUGAGCCUUCAGUAGAAACCAAUCCUAUAAGAAGUCCAUCAGCAAUUAUUCAGACUAGCAGAGAUCAUUCUGAUAACAUGGCUAUAUUUCAUUUUCAUUAUGCAGUUGAGAGAAAUCUAUCAAAGACUUUUUGUACCAUAUCUGAUGGCUUAAUUUUAGAUGGUUGUGGCAACUGUGUACAACUCCCCAAUAUUAGAGAUGAUCCAAAGGGCAAUUACUCUGCAUAUACUUGUAGCUUAAUGGAACUGGCAAAUGACUGUGACAGUAAGAAUGGACUGAAGAGAUGUGAUAACUAUGAUGCCUUAAGUGAGAAAUAUUUAUGCUUAGAAAGAUCUUGCCAGAAGGUUCAAAUGGUAGGUUCAAAUAAAAGCUUCUAUGGCGAUAAUCUUCCUGGAAGAAUGCCCACAAAGGCCAUUUUGAGUCAUUUGGAAGAUUGUACUGAUAAUUUUGAAGAAGAUAUGGAGGAGGAUUUUUUAAAAAACAAAAAGGAGAGGUCCACUUUGUUAAUUAGAAGAUUUUGCAAAAAUGAUAAAGAAGUUAAGAAAUCUGUUUAUACUGGAACCAGAGCAAUUAUGAGAACCCUACCUUCUGGGCACAUAGGGCCUGGAGCUUGGAGUUAUAUUGAACAGAAAAGAAAUCAUGACAUUAAGAACAUUAGUAGUUCAGCAGAGCAUAUAGCAACACUACAGAUUAGGCAAGAUGUGAAUCUCUGUCUUGGAAAAUCCCAGUGGUAUCUGAUCAACAACACAGUGAGAAGAGGAGAAGAAACAGAAGGCACUCUUGGAUCAUUUCUCCAUUUCUUUGGGAAGGCUCUAGCCUUAGACACAAUCCAUGGACAUAUUACUGUUGGCCCACAUUUGAAACAAUGUGUUCGAGAUACUUCAUGUGAAUACCGAGCCACUCUUCAAAGGACUUCAAUUUCUCAGUAUAUCACUGGUUCCCUAUUAGAGGCAACUACAUCUUUGGGUGCGAGAAGUGGCCUUUUAAAUACUUUUGGAGGAUCGGUAGGAAGAACAAUGUUGAAAGAACGUCAACCAUGUACCUCCAUGGCCAGUUCAAUCAGCCUCCCUUCAAAUGUAGCUGGACCAAGUAAUGAACUCAUAGAACUGCAACACCUCAUUCAGUUCCCAGAGGAAGUUGCUUGUAUUCUGACUGAACAAGAGCAGAGUAUCUACCGACAAGUGUUGCCAGUUGACUACCUUUGCUUCUUAACCAGGGACUUGGGAAAUGCUGAAUGCCAGAGUAAGCUUCCAUGCCUCAAGGCUACAGUGUCUGCAUCUAUUCUUACCUCCCAGAACAGUGAGCACAAUGCUCUGGAAGAUCUUGUAACAAGAUUUAAUGAGGUGAGUUCUUGGGUGACAUGGCUGAUACUCACAGCAGGUACCAUGGAAGAAAAACGGGAAGUCUUCUCAUAUUUAGUACACAUUGCAAAAUGCUGCUGGAAUAUGGGCAACUACAAUGCUGUUAUGGAAUUCUUGGCCGGCCUCAGGUCAAGGAAAGUUUUAAAGAUGUGGCAGUUUAUGGACCAGUCUGACAUUGAAACCAUGAGAAGCCUGAAGGAUGCAAUGGCCCAACAUGAAUCUUCUUCUGAAUACAGGAAAGUGGUGAACCGGGCUCUGAAUAUCCCUGGCUGCAAAGUGGUUCCCUUUUGUGGUGUCUUUUUAAAGGAGCUCUGUGAAAUUCUAGAUGGAACAUCUGGAUUUAUGAAACUUUGCCCACGAUACAACUCACGAGAUGAAACUUUAGAGUUUGUAGCUGAUUACAGUGGACAAGAUAACUUCUUACAACGAGUAGGGCAAAAUGGCUUAAACAAUCCAGAGAAGGAAUCCACCGUCAACAGUAUUUUUCAAAUUAUCCGAAGCUGCAAUCGCAGUCUAGAACCUGAAGAAGAAGACAGCUUUAGUGAAGGCAAUGACUCAAGGAAAAACUCCUUGAAGGACAAAACCCGCUUGCAGUUUAUAAUUGGAGAGCUUUCUGAUUCAGAAAGCGAUAUUUUUGAGCAGGCAAAAGACUGGGAUUUCCACGGACCAGAAGAAGAACAGAAAGCAUUCAGCCACGGGACAGAACUCAUUCCCUGGUACGUGUUAUCCAUCAGAGCCGAUGUCCAUCAGUUCAUACUGCAAGGAGCCACUGUCAUUCACUAUGACCAGGACGCACAUCUGUCAGCACGAUGUUUUCUUCGGCUUCAGCCUGAUAAUAGUACUUUGACCUGGAUCAAACCUACAACAGCCUCACUGGCCAAUAACAAAGCCAAAGUGGGCACCACGGGAAACGUCGCUGAGCCUGGCAGACUUCAGUCACUUGGCACUAUGGGAUUAAGUGGAUUGGUGGAAGGUUUCUUGGAUUUGUUUUCAGCCAAGGCUGUGUACAUGGGACAUCCUGGCAUCGAUAUGCACACUGUGUGUGUUCAGAACAAACUCAGUAACAUGUCUCUCUUAGAGAAUAGUGUGACACUGCUUUAUGGGCUUCAGACUACUGAUAAUAGAUUAUUACAUUUUGUGGCACCAAAACACACUGCUAAAAUGUUAUAUGAUGGAUUAUUGGAAUUAACAAAAGCUGUAAGAAAAAUGAGGAAAUUUCCUGACCAGCGACAACAGUGGCUAAGGAAGCAAUAUGUCAGCCUCUAUCAGGAGGAUGGAAGAUUUGAAGGUCCCACGUUGGCCCAUGCUAUUGAACUGUUUGGUGGCAGACGUUGGACUACACGAAAUACAAGCCCAGCAACACUGUCUAAAAGUGUGGAGAAACCCACCGUCCAAAGGAACAACACCCUUGGGAUAAGUGCAAAUAAGAAGAAGAAAAAAAUCCUUAUGAGGGGGGAAAGUGGCGAGGCUACCGAUGAUGAGAUGGCCACACGGAAGGCAAAGACGUAUAAGGAGUGUCGUGGCCGCAGUGGUUCAGAUCCUCAAGACCUUAACGAGCAAGAAGAAGCAGAUCAGAAUGUUAUUAUUGGCCCUUCUAAUCUGCCCUCCAGAAGAGCCCAUUCUUUGACCACCGCUGCAUCUCCUAACUUAGCUGCUGGAGCACCUUCACCAGUCAGACCAGUCUCCUCUCCCGUGUUGUCACCUGCAAGCAAGAAUCAGCCUAAUGCAUGGAGCAGCAGUAGUUGGCAUGGCCGAGUCAAAGGUGGACUGAAGGGAUUUCAAAAUUUCAUGGUUUCGGAUAGUAGCAUGAGUUUUGUUGAAUUUGUAGAGCUGUUCAAGUCAUUCAGUGUAAGAAGUCGGAAGGACCUCAAGGACCUCUUUGAUGUCUAUGCUGUGCCUUGCAAUCGAUCGGGCUCUGAUUCUGUCCCACUCUAUACGAACCUGAGAAUUGAUGAAAACACUAGCGGCCUCCAGCCUGAUUUAGAUUUGUUAACAAGGAACGUGUCUGACUUGGGCUUGUUCAUUAAGAACAGGCAACAGUUAUCAGACAACCAGAGGCAGAUAUCUGAUGCCAUCGCCGCUGCUAGUAUCGUGACUAACGGUUCUGGAAUAGAAAGCACCACACUCGGUGUCUGCGGGGUUGGCAUACUGCAGCUCAAUGACUUUUUAGUGAAUUGCCAAGGUGAACACUACACUUACGACGAGAUCCUCAGCAUCAUUCAGAAGUUCGAGCCUAGUGUGAGUAUGUGUCAGCAGGGUCUAAUGUCGUUUGAAGGAUUUUCCAGGUUUCUGAUGGAUAAAGAUAAUUUUGCUUCACAAAAUGAUGAAUCUCAGGAGAAUGUUAAAGAAUUGCAGUUACCACUCUCCUACUAUUACAUUGAAUCUUCACACAACACAUACCUCACAGGACAUCAGCUUAAAGGAGAGUCCUCAGUAGAGCUAUACAGCCAGGUCCUCUUGCAGGGCUGUCGGAGCGUGGAAUUAGACUGUUGGGAUGGUGAUGAUGGGAUGCCAAUUAUUUAUCAUGGACAUACACUUACUACCAAGAUUCCCUUCAAGGAAGUAGUUGAAGCCAUUGAUCGUAGUGCCUUCGUCAACUCUGACCUGCCUAUCAUAAUAUCUAUAGAAAAUCACUGUUCAUUGCCUCAGCAACGAAAAAUGGCAGAAAUUUUCAAGAAUGUCUUUGGAGAAAAACUCGUUGCCAGGUUUUUGUUUGAGAGUGAUUUCUCUGAUGAUCCAAUGCUUCCUUCACCUGACCAACUUAGGAGAAAAGUGCUUCUUAAAAACAAAAAACUGAAAGCUCAUCAGACUCCUGUGGAUAUAUUAAAACAAAAGGCUCAUCAGUUGGCAUCCCUGCAAACACAGACCAGUAAUGGUGGUAAUGCCAAUCCUACCCCUGUUAAUAAUGAAGAAGAGGAAGAUGAGGAGGACGAAUAUGAUUAUGACUAUGAAUCUCUUUCUGAUGCAGAUGUCCUUAAUGCUUCUCCCGCUCCUAACAGUCAGGAAGAUAACAUCCUGGAAGAUCGACCUGAAAGUAAGUCAACUAGUGACAAACUACAGUUUGAGUACAAUGAAGAAAUUCCCAAGAGGAUAAAGAAAACCGACAGCUCUGUUUGCAACAAAGGAAAGGUUUAUGACAUGGAACUGGGUGAAGAAUUUUAUCUGCCACAGAAUAAAAAAGAGAGUAGACAAAUAGCCCCAGAGCUUUCUGACCUUGUCAUUUACUGCCAAGCUGUAAAAUUUCCAGGAUUGUCAACUUUAAACCCAUCUGGCUCUAGCAGAGGAAAAGAAAGGAAAAGCAGGAAGUCCAUUUUUGGCAACAAUCCGGGCAGAUUAAGCCCUGGGGAGACAGCAGCAUAUACCAGAACAUCUGGAAAAAGUUCCUUUGAUGGUAUGCGGCAGACCUGGGAAGAAGUUUGUUCUCUCAACACAGCUCCAUCACUCAGUGCUAUCAUCAGAACACCAAAAUGCUACCACAUCUCGUCCCUGAAUGAGAAUGCGGCCAAGCGACUCUGCCGGCGGUAUUCUCAGAAGCUGAUUCAGCAUACUGCUUGCCAGCUGCUGAGAACGUAUCCUGCUGCCACACGCAUCGACUCUUCCAACCCCAACCCCCUCUUGUUCUGGCUCCAUGGGAUUCAGCUGGUUGCACUGAACUACCAAACGGACGACCUCCCCUUACAUUUAAAUGCAGCAAUGUUUGAAGCUAAUGGCGGCUGUGGUUAUGUUUUGAAACCCCCUGUCCUAUGGGACAAGAACUGUGCUAUGUACCAGCAGUUUUCUCCAUUGGAAAGAGAUAUGGAAAACAUGGAGCCUGCUCUCUAUUCUUUAAGUAUUGUCUCUGGUCAGAAUGUGUGUCCUAGUAACAGCACAGGAAGUCCAUGUAUCGAAAUCGAUGUCCUGGGAAUGCCACUGGAUAGUUGCCAUUUCCGCACUAAGCCCAUUCAUCGAAAUACCCUUAACCCCAUGUGGAAUGAACAGUUUCUCUUCCGAGUUCAUUUUGAAGAUCUUGUGUUUCUUCGUUUUGCGGUUGUUGAAAACAACAGUUCAGCUGUAACUGCCCAAAGAAUUAUUCCACUAAAGGCUUUAAAAAGAGGAUAUCGGCAUCUUCAGCUGAGAAACCUACAUAAUGAAGUCUUAGAAAUCUCUAGCUUGUUCAUAAACAGCAGGAGGAUGGAAGAAAAUCCCACAGGCACUGCUGUGGCAGCGUCUUUGAUGUUCAGCACAGAAGAAAGAAAAGGUCUGGUGACAUACAAGGUCACAGUCCAUGGAAUUCCAGGUCCUGAGCCUUUUACCGUUUUCAUUAUAAAUAAAGAGACUAAGGCAAAGCAGCUUCUUCACCAAAUUUUGACUACUUCACAAGGCUCCCUACCACUCACCACAGACUACUUUUUGAUGGAAGAAAAAUAUUUUAUAUCUAAAGAAAAAAAUGACUUCAGGAAACAGCCAUUCCAGAGAAUAAUCAGUCCAGAAGAAGAAAUUGUACAGAUUUUGAACAGCUGGUUCCCAGAAGAAGGUUAUGUUGGAAGGAUUAUUUUUAAAAUCCAGGAGGAACACCCAGAGGAGAAAAAUGUCUUGCAGGAAGAGAAAGAGGUAGCCUUGAGCUCAGAAGACGAAAGCUUCUUUGUCCAAGUCCAUGACGUCUCCCCUGAGCAGCCCCGCACAGUCAUCAAGGCUCCCCGAGUCAGCACUGCCCAGGAGGUCAUCCAGCAGACUUUGUGCAAAGCAAAAUAUUCUUACAGUAUUUUGAGCAAUCCCAACCCGAGUGACUACGUGCUUUUGGAGGAGGUGCUAAAGGAACCUACUAACAAGAAGUCUUCAACACCCAAGUCUUCUCAGAGGGUUCUCGGAGACCAGGAGUGUGUGUUCCAGGCUCAGAGCAAGUGGAGGGGAGCAGGAAAAUUUAUUCUUAAGCUAAAAGAACAAGUUCAGGCAGCUCGAGAUGAUAAAAGAAAAGGCAUUUCUUUUGCUAAUGAAUUUAAGAAAUUUACCAAAUCCAGUAAGCAGUACCGAGGAUUCACGUCACCUCAGCUUUCAGUAGCAGAAAGUGUCCAAAUGAAAGAAGAAAAACCUGUGGGCAGCUUCUCUUCUAAUGACACGAUGGAUCAUCAUCCAUGACCACCUUCAGUGUGUGCCAUCCAGGUGCGGUGCCCUUCCUACUUGGAAAAAGCAAAAUCAAGAAGCAGACAGCUGGAAGUGCAUGGAGUUUCUGAACGGAGACUUUCUUCUAGAGACAGCAUGAGGUUCUUGCUGCCCGGUCUACCGCCAUCUUCCUGAGGAUGGUGUGUGCAGGUCAGCCGGACAUCUGUGCCUGUGCCACAGCUUACAGUCAUUGGAGAAAGGACCAUGCUCCUUACACAUCCCUCGACACAGAGAAGUGAAUUUAAAGAAUACCAGUGUCUACGAUUGUCCAUUGUUUGACUCUCUGGCAUUGCUGGGCAUUGCAAAUACAAACCUAGCUUUUAGGAGGAUUCUUGUAAUGAACAGCCUUUGUGGAAGGCCAGAUUCAGAGGUUCAAGGCUGCUGUGUGAGGCUGGCUUCCCGACAUGGUUGCACUCUUGGUCUUGGUCAAGGCUUCUUUUCUGUGUUGGAGGGAGUAACAAAUACACUCGAGUACAUUUUCCUGAAUGUCUCACUGCUCCAUUCCCUCUCUUCUAGUUUAUCCUCACAAAAUCUUAGAUGGUGUAUAACACUAAUUAACUUAUAACAUGUCUACUGACCUCUUGACAAAAGGAACUUAGUUUUUAGCAAAACUAGUUUUUCAACUGUGUUUAAAGUAAAAUUAUUUAUUGACCCAUGGUAUGUACUGACACUGUAGUGAUAUAUUUAUUAUUCAUGGGCUUUUAUAUCUCUUUCAUAUUAGAAGAGUGUUAUUUAGAGAUUGUUAGAAAGUUUCCUAAAAAGAAAAUUGGCCAAAACAAUGCAAGUGUUUCAAUGCCAUUUCUGACAACGUAGCAAAUGUUUAUCCAUGACAUGUUUAAAGUUAAAUAUAACUUCUGAAAUGUUUGCUACAGAACAUCAGCAACAGAAAUGACUUUUUCUGGAUUCAUGAAGGCAUGGUUUGACCUUAGUGCAUGCUGUCAAGCAGAAAUUUGUAUAAUUGUGCUUUUCUUGUUGACUCCAUUCCAAUCUAAAAGUGUCCCCACAGGAAAAAAAAAAAGGGCAAAGGCAUGCUGUUCAGAUGACACUUAAGAAUCCUAAUCUUCUCAUCAGAGUGCUUUGUAUUUGUUGAGCCUCAGUGUGAGUUCCAUGCACUUAAUCCUCCUAUGUAAUGCUUACAAGAAAGAGAUUUAAGUGCCUGUGUCCUCUGCACACUCACCAAAAUGUCUCAGCUGAAUUCCCUCUUGUGGGUCAUCCACCCUAACUCCAUGAACUGUGAGGGCUGACGCAGCCCAAGUGGCUCUGUCCGUGCGAAGAUAAUGUAUUGACAUAAUGCUCUUCUCCUAAUCCCAUCAGGAAGUGACCGGUCUGGAAUCCUCAUUUUUAGGCAAAGGAAACCAUGACUCAGACGAGGAGUGUGUCUGCAGUCCCACCAGGACCAGUUACUUCCUCCUUCACCAAGAGCAAAAAUAAAAAAUAAAAAGUACAAUUAUUUUCUCCAAGUUUCCGUUUUAGAAGUAAAGUUAUUUAUUGACCCAAGGUACAUGGUGACACUGUAGUAAUAAUAUUGAUUACAUAUGACUUAAUUUUGGCUCCACUUGAGGACAGACAGAACAGGCUAUAUCAAUUCAGUGGUACCAAACAUACAUACGUUCACAUGUGAAUCGCAUCAAAUGCUAAGUUCAUGACAUAAAAAGGGAUACCUAGCUAUUCCUUAAAAUGCAGCCCUUAUCAGAGAACUCUUAGCAAACUUCAUUAAAUAGUAACUAAAGCUAUUCGUUCAACUUCAGUCAUUGCUUAUUAAUGUUUAUAGGGGGCUCAUUGUCUGAUGUGGAGUGGUGGUUUUGGUUUUCUGUUUGUUUAGGGGAAUGGGGGGUCACUAAGGAAAUGUACACAUCUAAGUUAAUCUAUCUAGAUUCAUAAAUCAACUAAAUGUAAAAGCAAAGUUGUACUAAGUAUUUGAAAAAUAAAGUCAACUGCUAUCCCUUUUCCAUUUAA